AUGUCGCGGCCCGAGGCUUCUUCGGUCACCUUCAAAUCGCCCGGCAACGACCUCGCCCGCUUCCUCGAGAUCUGCAAAGACGUGGGCAUCUUUGUCAUCCUCCGCCCGGGCCCAUACAUCAACGCCGAGAGCAACGGCGGCGGCUUCCCUGGCUGGGUCUCGAACCUCAAUACCCAGACCCGCAUCAGCACGCCAGAGUUCCGCGCGGCGUGGGAGCCCUACAUGAAGGCCAUCUCGCAGACCGCCGCUCCCUUCCAGGCCAAGCUCGGCGGCGACGGCAAGCUCGACACGAGCGGCGGCACCCUCAUCGCCGUCCAGGUCGAGAACGAGUUCACGCAGAACGCCCCCAUGGAGGCCUACUUCAACGAGGUCAUCGACGUCUACCGCCAAAACGGCAUCACGGUCCCCACCACCUUCAACGCUCUUGGCGGCCGCAAAGACUACUCGAACAACAACAAGCUCGACCUCUGGGGCGCCGACAGCUACCCGCAGGGCUUCGACUGCAGCAACCCGGACAAGUGGAACGGCCUGGGCCGCAACUACACCUACCUCUCCGACAACCGUCCGUCCAACCCGCGCUUCGUGCCCGAGUUCCAGGCGGGCUCGUUUGACCCGUGGGGCGGUCCUGGAUACGAGCAGUGCUCCAAGCUCAUCAGCCCGCAAUUCGUGCGCGUCUUUGACAAGAACCUCUUCUCCCAGGGCGUCAAGCUGCUCAGCCACUACAUGGGCUUCGGCGGCACCAGCUGGGGCAACUUUGCGUUCGGCGGCACCGUCUACACCAGCUACGACUACGCCGCGCCCAUCGACGAGAAGCGCAUCAAGCGCGAAAAGGUCGGCGAGUACAACGUGCUGGGCCAGUUCCUCCAGUCGUUCCCCGAGUUUGCCUCGUCCUCGGCCGUCGCCAACGCCACCAACCUCGGCGCCGUCGAUCAGUCGGCAGCGAUCCAGGUGACCCGCAUGACGUCGGCCCAGCAGGGCUCGGGAAGCUGGUACAUUGUCCGCAACGACAACGUCAAGUCGACGGCUACGGUGACGUACAAGCUCUCGGUCCAGGUCGCAGGCAAGCCGCUCGUCAUCCCGCGCACGGGUACGAUGACGCUCAACGGUCGCGACUCGACCAUCAUCUCGAUCGACAAGCCCCUCGACACCCUCCGGGCCAAGAUCUCGUACAGCACCGCCGACAUCAGCUUCGUCGGCAAGAUUGGCAACCGGGACGUCGUGGUCGCCCACGCCGACGUUGGCAAGAACCUCGAGCUCCAGCUGGCGCCUGUCCAGGGACAGAAGCUCGCGGUCAACUCGGGCGCCGACCAGGUCAAGUCGCAGACGCUGCCGACCGGCGAGCUGGUCAUCAACUGGACCGCUGCCGAGGCUCCCCGCUACGUCUCGGUUGGUGGCGACGGACAGGGGCCCUCGGUGCUGCUCGUCCUCGCGCCGAGCUCGUACGCGCAGCGCUCCCGCUCCAUCGCUACGGCUAGUGCCGGCUCGCUCGACGAGAUCCUCGGCACGGGUGACAGGAUCUUGGUCGGUGGCAACGCCUACCACAUCGCCAACGGCACCGUCAGGGGCGACACGCUCCAGCUCUACGGCCAGCUCAGCGACGCCUCGACCAUCGAGGUCUUUGCCCCGCCAGCCGUCAAGCAGGUCUCGUUCAACGGCGAAAAGCUCGGCGGUCUGCAGACGACCGACCUGGGCGUGCUCCGCGGAUCCAUCGGAGGCCCCAGCACCGAGGCCAAGUCGUGGCAGCCGCCGGCGCUGACGGGUUGGAAGGCCCAGGACUCCCUGCCCGAGAUUAAGCCCGACUACGUGCCGAACGCGGCCGAGUGGAUCGACGCCUCCCUCACCUCGACGCCCAACUCGUGGUUCAAGAACGCCACGACCGGCGGCAAAGUGCUCUUUGCGGCGUCGUACGGCUUCUACUCGAGCGGCAACAUCCUGUGGCGCGGAUCGUUCAACGUGUCACAGAACCAGGUCCCCUCUGCGCUCGAGCUCAACAUGAUUGGCGGCGAUUUCUUCGCCGCCUCGGUGUACCUCAACGGUCGCUACCUCGGUUUCCUCGAGGACUCGGGCAAGGGGACUGGCAGUGCCAACGCAUCGCUAUCCAUCCCCAAGGAAGCGGUCCAGGUGGGCAAGCAGAACGUCGUCACCAUCAUCCAGGACGACCUCGGACUCGAGGAGAGCGGCUCGACCGUCAGCGUCAAGGGCUCGCUGCCGCGGGAGCAGAUCAAGCAGCCUCGCGGUAUCCUCGGCUUCCGACUGGUCGGCGGACCGGGCAGCGAGUCGGUGUCGUGGAAGGUGGCGGGCAACCUCGGCGGCGGCUCGUACCCGGACCAGGUCCGAGGCAUCCUCAACGAGGGCGGCCUCGCUGCCGAGCGCGGUGGCUGGCAUCUUCCCGGCUUCGACUACUCAAAGUGGGCCGCCGCCGACCCGGCCAAGGGCUUCACGGGUCCCGGCGUGCAGUUCUACCGCACCAGCGUCGAUCUCAACGUGCCCGCGGGCCACGACCUUCCCCUGAGCUUCGUCUUUGACGGCGAGCAGGCAAAGAUGCCCGAGUCCGACUACCGUGCGCUCCUCUUCGUCAAUGGCUGGCAGUUUGGCCGCCGCCUCGCCCGCUUUGGUCCGCAGACCCGCUUCCCCGUCCCGCCCGGCAUCAUCAACCCGCGUGGCAGGAACGAAAUCGGCCUCGCCGUCUGGAGCCUCAAGAGCGGCGCCAAGGUCAACCUCAAGCUCGCAGUCGAGGGCAGGUUCAAGGGCGACGUCGACUACCAGACCAACAACCCCACCUACCAGCAGGUCCGAGGAAAGUGA